UGCCUCUGCAGAAACAGCUCCCUGCCAGAACGGCGCUCGGCGCGGCGCGGCCCGGAGCGGCGGCGGCGCCUCUUCCUGCCUGCUAGCCCUCAGGAGUUGCUGGAUCUUUUUGACAGAAAAAAGCCGACAGGGGCCUCGAGGAGGACUCGCCACGAGCGGGCAGAGACGGUUCGGCCCCCUGCUGGCCCGGGCGGACCCCUCUCCCCGCGUCCAGGGGUCCGCUGCUCCCCCACUCCCCUCCUUUCCACCUCUUCUCGCUCUGCCUCUCUCGAUUUAUUUUUUCGAACGGUGUAGCCGCCAGAGGUGCGGUGCUAAAUUCUUGGAAGGGGCCCGGAUGUACUGAGGAUGCAUUACAAUUUCACAAAAGGAGGCAGUAGUGGAAAGGAGCAGUUUUUGGUGUUUGAUGCAAUAAUGGGAAUCAGGUAAUCCUCAGAAGGGAAGAAGAAAAUACUGCAGAUCCACGGCUUCCUUGAAUUUGCACGAAAGCCGCCGACCUCGGAGGAGGGAUUAAUCCAGACCCGCUUGGGGGUGUUUGGCCAUUUCUUCCUCUUUGUGGCUUCUUCUCCUUUUAAAACAAUUUUUGGUCAAUGGUCAAUGAGAACACGAGGAUGUACAUUCCAGAGGAAAACCACCAAGGUUCCAACUAUGGGAGCCCGCGUGCAGCUCACGCCAACAUGAAUGCCAAUGCAGCUGCGGGGCUUGCCCCCGAGCACAUCCCAACGCCCGGGGCAGCCUUGUCCUGGCAGGCAGCCAUCGACGCGGCCCGGCAGGCUAAGCUGAUGGGCAGCGCUGGCAAUGCAACCAUCUCCACCAUCAGCUCCACACAGCGGAAGCGGCAGCAAUAUGGGAAACCCAAGAAGCAGGGCAGCACGACUGCCACACGCCCGCCCCGUGCCCUGCUCUGCCUGACUCUGAAGAACCCCAUCAGGAGGGCGUGCAUCAGCAUCGUCGAAUGGAAACCAUUUGAAAUAAUUAUUUUACUGACUAUUUUUGCCAAUUGUGUGGCCUUAGCGAUCUAUAUUCCCUUUCCAGAAGAUGACUCCAAUGCCACCAAUUCCAACCUGGAACGAGUGGAAUAUCUCUUUCUCAUAAUUUUUACUGUGGAAGCAUUUUUAAAAGUAAUAGCCUAUGGACUUCUCUUUCACCCCAACGCUUACCUCCGCAAUGGCUGGAAUUUACUAGAUUUUAUAAUUGUGGUUGUAGGGCUUUUUAGUGCAAUUUUAGAACAAGCCACCAAAGCUGACGGGGCAAAUGCUCUAGGAGGGAAAGGAGCUGGAUUUGAUGUGAAGGCACUGAGGGCAUUCCGCGUGCUGCGCCCCUUGCGGCUGGUGUCUGGAGUCCCAAGUCUCCAAGUCGUUCUGAAUUCCAUUAUCAAGGCCAUGGUCCCCCUGCUGCAUAUUGCCCUGUUAGUGCUAUUUGUCAUCAUCAUCUACGCUAUCAUUGGCCUGGAGCUCUUCAUGGGAAAGAUGCAUAAGACCUGCUACAACCAGGAGGGCAUAGCAGAUGUUCCAGCAGAAGAUGAUCCUUCCCCUUGUGCUCUGGAGACUGGCCAUGGGCGGCAGUGCCAGAAUGGCACUGUGUGCAAGCCUGGCUGGGACGGGCCCAAGCACGGCAUCACCAACUUUGACAAUUUUGCCUUCGCCAUGUUGACAGUGUUCCAGUGCAUCACCAUGGAGGGCUGGACAGAUGUGCUAUACUGGAUGCAGGACGCUAUGGGCUAUGAGUUACCCUGGGUGUAUUUUGUCAGUCUGGUCAUCUUUGGAUCCUUUUUCGUUCUAAAUCUGGUUCUCGGUGUGUUGAGCGGAGAGUUUUCCAAAGAGAGAGAGAAGGCCAAGGCUCGGGGAGACUUCCAGAAGCUGCGAGAGAAGCAGCAGCUGGAAGAGGACCUGAAGGGCUACCUGGACUGGAUCACCCAGGCAGAGGACAUCGACCCUGAGAACGAGGAUGAAGGCAUGGAUGAGGAGAAGCCCCGAAACAGAAGCACUCCAGCGGGCUUGCUUGAUCAGAAGAAAGGGAAGUUUGCUUGGUUUAGUCACUCCACAGAAACCCAUGUGAGCAUGCCCACAAGUGAGACCGAGUCUGUCAACACCGAAAACGUGGCUGGAGGUGACAUCGAGGGAGAGAACUGCGGGGCCAGGCUGGCCCAUCGGAUUUCCAAAUCAAAGUUCAGCCGCUACUGGCGUCGGUGGAAUCGGUUCUGCAGAAGAAAGUGUCGUGCUGCAGUCAAGUCUAAUGUCUUCUACUGGCUUGUGAUCUUCCUGGUGUUCCUCAACACACUCACCAUCGCCUCAGAACAUUACAACCAGCCCCACUGGCUCACGGAGGUCCAAGACACGGCCAACAAGGCACUACUGGCCCUUUUCACUGCGGAGAUGCUGCUAAAGAUGUACAGCCUGGGCCUGCAGGCCUACUUUGUGUCCCUCUUCAACCGCUUUGACUGCUUCAUCGUGUGUGGGGGCAUUCUGGAGACCAUCCUGGUGGAGACCAAGAUCAUGUCUCCCUUGGGCAUCUCUGUGCUGAGAUGUGUCCGGCUACUGCGGAUAUUUAAAAUCACAAGGUACUGGAACUCCUUAAGCAACCUGGUGGCAUCCUUGCUGAAUUCUGUGCGCUCCAUUGCCUCCCUGCUGCUACUCCUCUUCCUCUUCAUCAUCAUCUUCUCCCUCCUGGGGAUGCAGCUCUUUGGAGGAAAGUUCAACUUUGAUGAGAUGCAGACUCGGAGGAGCACAUUUGAUAACUUUCCUCAGUCCCUCCUCACCGUGUUUCAGAUCCUGACCGGGGAGGACUGGAAUUCGGUGAUGUAUGAUGGGAUCAUGGCUUAUGGCGGCCCCUCUUUUCCAGGGAUGUUAGUCUGUAUUUACUUCAUCAUCCUCUUCAUCUGUGGAAACUAUAUCCUACUGAAUGUGUUCUUGGCCAUUGCUGUGGACAAUCUGGCUGAUGCUGAGAGCCUCACAUCUGCCCAAAAGGAGGAGGAAGAAGAGAAGGAGAGAAAGAAGCUGGCCAGGACUGCCAGCCCAGAGAAGAAGCAAGAGAUAAUGGAAAAGCCAGCUGUGGAGGAAACCAAGGAGGAGAAAAUUGAGCUGAAAUCCAUUACAGCUGAUGGAGAGUCCCCACCCACCACCAAGAUCAACAUGGAUGACCUCCAGCCCAAUGAAAAUGAAGAUAAGAGUCCCUACCCCAACCCAGAAAAUACAGGAGAAGACGAUGAAGAGGAGCCUGAGAUGCCUGUGGGCCCCCGCCCACGACCACUCUCUGAGCUGCACCUUAAGGAAAAGGCAGUGCCCAUGCCAGAAGCCAGUGCAUUUUUCAUCUUCAGCCCCAACAACAGAUUUCGCCUCCAGUGCCACCGCAUUGUCAAUGACACGAUCUUCACCAACCUGAUCCUCUUCUUCAUUCUGCUCAGCAGCAUUUCCCUGGCAGCUGAGGACCCUGUCCAGCACACCUCCUUCAGGAACCAUAUUCUGUUUUAUUUUGACAUUGUUUUCACUACCAUUUUCACCAUUGAAAUUGCUCUGAAGAUCCUAGGCAAUGCAGACUAUGUCUUCACUAGUAUCUUUACAUUAGAAAUUAUCCUUAAGAUGACUGCUUAUGGGGCUUUCCUACACAAGGGCUCUUUCUGCCGGAACUACUUCAACAUCUUGGACCUGCUGGUGGUCAGCGUGUCCCUCAUCUCCUUUGGCAUCCAGUCCAGUGCAAUUAAUGUGGUGAAGAUCUUGCGAGUUCUGCGAGUCCUCAGGCCCCUGAGGGCCAUCAACAGGGCCAAGGGGCUAAAGCACGUGGUCCAGUGCGUGUUUGUUGCCAUCCGGACCAUAGGGAAUAUCGUGAUUGUCACCACGCUGCUCCAGUUCAUGUUCGCCUGCAUCGGGGUCCAGCUUUUCAAGGGAAAGCUCUACACCUGUUCAGAUAGUUCCAAGCAGACCGAGGCGGAAUGCAAGGGUAACUACAUCACAUACAAGGAUGGGGAAGUUGACCACCCCAUCAUCCAGCCUCGCAGCUGGGAAAACAGCAAGUUUGACUUUGACAAUGUUCUGGCAGCCAUGAUGGCCCUCUUUACCGUCUCCACCUUUGAGGGGUGGCCAGAGCUGCUGUACCGCUCCAUCGACUCCCACACAGAAGACAAGGGCCCCAUCUACAACUACCGUGUGGAGAUCUCCAUCUUUUUCAUCAUCUACAUCAUCAUCAUUGCCUUCUUCAUGAUGAACAUCUUCGUGGGUUUUGUCAUCGUCACCUUCCAGGAGCAGGGGGAGCAGGAAUACAAGAACUGUGAACUGGACAAGAACCAGCGACAGUGUGUGGAAUAUGCCCUCAAGGCCCGGCCCUUGCGGAGGUACAUCCCCAAAAACCAGCACCAGUACAAAGUGUGGUACGUGGUCAACUCCACCUACUUUGAAUACCUGAUGUUCGUCCUCAUCCUACUCAACACCAUCUGCUUGGCAAUGCAGCACUAUGGCCAGAGCUGCCUAUUCAAAAUCGCCAUGAACAUCCUCAACAUGCUCUUCACUGGCCUCUUCACUGUGGAGAUGAUUCUGAAGCUCAUUGCCUUCAAACCCAAGGGUUACUUUAGUGAUCCCUGGAAUGUUUUUGACUUCCUCAUCGUAAUUGGCAGCAUAAUUGACGUCAUUCUCAGUGAAACUAAUCACUAUUUCUGUGAUGCAUGGAAUACAUUUGACGCCUUGAUUGUUGUGGGUAGCAUUGUUGAUAUAGCAAUCACCGAGGUAAACCCAGCUGAACAUACCCAAUGCUCUCCCUUUAUGAACGCAGAGGAGAACUCCCGCAUCUCCAUCACCUUCUUCCGCCUCUUCCGGGUCAUGCGCCUGGUCAAGCUGCUAAGCCGUGGGGAGGGCAUCCGGACCCUGCUGUGGACCUUCAUCAAGUCCUUCCAGGCUUUGCCCUAUGUGGCCCUUCUGAUAGUGAUGCUGUUCUUCAUCUACGCAGUGAUCGGGAUGCAGGUGUUUGGGAAAAUUGCCCUGAAUGACACCACAGAAAUCAACCGGAACAACAACUUUCAGACCUUCCCCCAAGCUGUGCUCCUUCUCUUCAGGUGUGCCACAGGGGAGGCAUGGCAAGACAUCAUGCUGGCCUGCAUGCCAGGGAAGAAGUGUGCCCCCGAGUCAGAGCCCAGCAACAGCACGGAAGGGGAAACGCCCUGUGGCAGCAGUUUUGCCGUCUUCUACUUCAUCAGCUUCUACAUGCUCUGUGCCUUCCUGAUCAUCAACCUCUUUGUAGCUGUCAUCAUGGACAACUUUGACUACCUGACAAGAGACUGGUCAAUCCUUGGUCCCCAUCAUCUGGAUGAAUUUAAAAGAAUCUGGGCAGAGUAUGAUCCUGAAGCUAAGGGUCGUAUCAAACACCUAGAUGUGGUGACCCUGCUCCGGCGGAUUCAGCCCCCACUGGGUUUUGGGAAGCUGUGCCCUCACCGCGUGGCUUGCAAACGCCUGGUCUCCAUGAACAUGCCUCUGAACAGUGAUGGGACUGUCAUGUUCAAUGCCACCCUGUUUGCCCUAGUCCGGACAGCCCUGCGGAUCAAAACAGAAGGGAACCUAGAACAAGCCAAUGAGGAGCUGCGGGCCAUAAUCAAGAAGAUCUGGAAGCGUACCAGCAUGAAGCUGCUAGACCAAGUGGUGCCCCCUGCAGGUGAUGAUGAGGUCACCGUUGGCAAGUUUUAUGCUACUUUCCUGAUCCAAGAGUACUUCCGGAAAUUCAAGAAGCGCAAAGAGCAGGGCCUUGUGGGCAAGCCUUCCCAAAGGAACGCCCUGUCCUUGCAGGCUGGCUUGCGCACGCUGCAUGACAUUGGGCCUGAGAUCCGACGGGCCAUCUCUGGAGAUCUGACAGCUGAGGAGGAGCUGGACAAGGCCAUGAAGGAGGCUGUGUCUGCUGCCUCCGAAGAUGACAUCUUCAGGAGGGCCGGUGGCCUGUUCGGCAACCACGUCAGCUACUACCAAAGCGACGGCCGGAGCGCCUUCCCCCAGACCUUCACCACCCAGCGCCCACUGCACAUCAACAAGGCGGGUAACAGCCAAGGCGACACCGAGUCGCCAUCCCACGAGAAACUGGUGGACUCCACCUUCACCCCCAGCAGCUACUCGUCCACUGGCUCCAACGCCAACAUCAACAAUGCCAACAACACUGCCCUGGGCCGCUUCCCCCGUCCCGCUGGCUACCCCAGCGCAGUCAGCACCGUGGAGGGCCAUGGGCCCCCCUUGUCUCCUGCUGUCCGGGUACAGGAGGCAGCAUGGAAGCUCAGCUCCAAGAGGUGCCACUCCCGGGAGAGCCAGAUAGCCAUGGUGUGUCAGGAGGAGGUCUCUCAGGACGAGACCUAUGAUGUGAAGAUAAGUGAAGACACUGAGUACUGCAGCGAGCCCAGCCUGAUCUCCACAGAGAUGCUGUCCUAUCAGGAUGAUGAAAAUCGGCAAUUAACACCACCGGAGGAGGACAAGAGAGAUAUCCGGCAAUCUCCAAAGAGGGGCUUCCUCCGCUCUGCCUCACUAGGUCGAAGGGCCUCCUUCCACCUGGAAUGUCUGAAGCGACAGAAGAAUCAAGGGGGAGACAUCUCUCAGAAGACAGUCCUGCCCUUGCAUCUGGUUCAUCAUCAGGCAUUGGCGGUGGCAGGCCUGAGCCCCCUCCUCCAGAGAAGCCAUUCCCCCAGCACAUCCCCCAGGCCCUGUGCCACCCCACCAGCCACUCCAGGCAGCCGAGGCUGGCCCCCACAGCCUAUCCCCACCCUGCGGCUGGAGGGUGCCGAAUCCAACGAGAAACUCAACAGCAGCUUCCCGUCCAUCCACUGCAGCUCCUGGUCUGGGGAGCCCACACCCUGUGGCGGAGGUGGCAGCACCAUCCGGAGAGCCCGGCCAGUGUCCCUCACUGUGCCCGGCCAGGCUGGGGCCCAGGGCAGGCAGUUCCACGGCAGUGCCAGCAGCCUGGUAGAAGCGGUCUUGAUUUCAGAAGGACUGGGGCAGUUUGCUCAAGAUCCCAAGUUUAUUGAGGUCACAACCCAGGAGCUGGCUGACGCCUGUGACAUGACCAUAGAGGAGAUGGAGAACGCCGCAGACAACAUCCUCAGUGGGGGCGCCCAGCAGAGCCCCAAUGGCACCCUACUACCUUUCGUUAACUGCAGGGACCCAGGGCAGGACAGAGCAGAGGGCCAAGAGGGCGAGACCUGCGCGCCCACCCUGGCGUGUCGGAAGAGCGAGGAGGAGCUCCAGGACAGCAGAGCCCACGUCGGCAGCCUGUAGUAGCUAGGGCUGGGGAGACGCUGGGUUUUUUAUUUGUUUCAAUGUUCCUAAUGGGUUCGUUUCAGAAGUGCCUCACUGUUCUCGUGACCUGGAGUUAACCGGAACAGCGUCUUCAUUCAUUUCGUUGGGACAAGACGCAGAGUUGGGUGGUGGUGGAGAGCCAGUUUUUCGGGGGGCAUGGAAGGCAGCAAUCCCAGUUUGUGUUGUGUGCACAGAGGUAGAGUGGUGAGGAGGAGUGGAAGAAUCAGGGAGGGAGAGCAAGAGAAGAGACGUCUGCCCUCGCCUCCGGGCAUGAAAGAGAACCUCAGCUUCCUGCGGUAGCCCUCACCAAAAGGACCCUAUGUCAAACGGGUGUCAACUUUGCUUGUAAAAAAAAAAAAAAAAAAAAAAAAUCAUUUUGCACAUAUUCUGUAUGAGCCUCACUGUCUCCAUAGAGCCAGGGCCCUGUGGAUUUGCAGAAGGAAGCAGGGGUAGGACUUCAGCGAGGACCCAGCCCCAUCCCAGAGAGGGAGGAGGAACAGCAAGAGGCUGCAGGAGCUCGGGAACCCCGAGCGGCUGGCGGGGGGCGCGUGGCAGCCUCACCGCCAAGGCCCCGGCCACGCCCACUCGUCUGCGUCAGGCUCACCUAGCCUGCCCUGGGCUCCCAGCUCCAGAAUGGCGGCUGGGCCUGCGUUGGCGGGGAGGGGCAGCUGGCGCUGCCUGCCAGGGAAGGGGCAGCCAGUUCUUGACGCGACGAGGUGGUGCUGAGCUUCUGUUGAGCGCUCUUUUGUUUUGUGAUUUGACAUAUUUCUUGACAGCAUGUUGCAGUUUUCGUUUUUUUGGUUUUUAUUUUCAUUUUGUUUUCCCAGGGGGAGGGGAGGAAGAAGUGUUUACAAAGCUUUGUAGCCACCCACCUUACUGUUUUCACUUUUGCAAAUGUAAAUCGGGUUUGGUUUUACUGUAUUAUUUAAACGAUUGUGGUUUUCUUUUUCUACGGUGGGUUCUGUGGAGCCGCUGUAGUCCGAGUUUUACCAGCCAUUGUGUAUGCGCAAUUUGUUAUAAUUUCCGUAGGUAGUAACAACAAUUUUUUGGGUUUGGUUUUAUAAUUUAAAGUAAUGCACUUGAUGUGGUCUUGCACAUAUGGGUGAUUGAGUUGGGUUCUUUUUAAUGCUGGGUGUAUCCGUGGGUGCCAGAGAGCGAAAGCACGGAUGAGAGAGUCUCUGUGAGUGUGUGUGCUACGUGUGUGUGUGUGUGUAGUGGGUUGUCUGGGCACAUGUCCUACGUGUGUAUGUGCACCCAUGCAGUGCGCCCAUGCGUGAAUGAGUGUGUCGCUCCCCCUUUCUGGUCUAACUGUGGGGAGAUCUGAAUCUGGGGCCAUUUGAAAGCAAAAACAAACCACUGUCUCUGCUUCUGAAACGGGAAUCAGUAACUCUUUGCAUUUUCUGUCCCACAAGAUAUGCAAAAACAAUGCAAUAAUAUUCAUUUUAAAAAUACAAUUGUGAGUUGUGUUGGCAUUAAAGCUGUAUUUAAAAAAAACAGAGAAAUUUAAGGGAAAAACUCAAGAAGGCGUUUUGCUUCGAUAUAUUCCGUGUAAUGUUUUAUUGCAUUGAUAAUGUUUCUGUUGAAGAAACUGUUAUACUUGAAUUCAGGUCAGUUUCAGUAUUUUACAAAUAUUUUUUUAAAACUGAAUUGCAAUUGUGCCAAGCGAAUAUAAUGAAUUGAAUUAAGUUUGUUUUUGAAUUCACUUCUUGUAUAUUUUGCUGCAUGUAAGUAAAUCAUUUUGUAUUUGAAGUGUGACAAGCUUUACCCUUGAACUCUGAAGUGCUUUUCUAUAUGUGGUUGGGGGAAAGGGAACGAAUAUUCUUUUAAUUUUUACGAUGAGCAAAGGUAUCACCAGUGUAAAUCAUUACCCCGCGAUCCACAAACAGGUUUGGACAUUACUGUUUUGCAUAUCUUGUGUUCGCUUCCAUUUCCCUCAAUUUUUCCAAAACUAUAUAAGUAUAUUCGUACUACAUCUUGCUUUGAGAGACCAGGACAUGUCUUAUUCCUGUCUUCGUUCUAUCCACUCUGCUCCAGUUCUCUGAUUUGGACUUUCUCUAGGGACACUCCUUCACCAUGAGGGGACAUCACCAGGCUGGCAUCAACGUCCCCCAUGGGAGAAGUGGCUGGCUUUUCUGUUCACUUUCACCGCACAAACUUUCCUCAGUGGUUUCCUCAGGAAAGUGUACACUGACUUGAGAGGAUGGAACUAGAGUCGGGCUGGUUGGAGGGAAGGGAGUCCUCCCCCUGGCAACUGCUCUACCCAAACUCAGACGGCAGGGGCCAGAGAACAGCAACCAGGUAAAAAUCUUUGUGCAUCCAAACGUCAGCUCUGUCUUAUUCACUUCAUCUCUUCCUCUCUGGAGCAAGAUUUCUUCCAGACCCACCCUCGUGUGUGUGGCAGCCAUGGAAGGGACCAGGACUGGGGAGGACAUGUCAGGAGUUCACAGUGAUAGUGGAACCAGAGACUUUGUGGGAGCAUCUCUUAUGCCCGUUUGUGUCUACCUAGAACAUUAUCCUAUUGGUGCUGUUUCCUUCAAAUAGAGUUCAACAAUGAUGGUUGAAAAGGAAGUGAUUUGGGGAAAACAGGACCCAACCAUUCAUCCAGGAUUUACUCAUUGAAUGUCUUCUGGUCCCAGUGUGCUCUCAGCCCUUAUAUGAGCAGCCUAGAAAUUAAAGUUGGAGAAAGUCCACUACCCCAAUGAAGAUGAAUUUCACUUUCAAGGACUGAUUCAUGAAAAAGUGGAGAAAUGUGCCAGAUACUCCCAGGUUAACUUACUGUCUAGAAGCAGGAGGGUUUCUUCCUGUUUCUCCAAGCCCAACCCAUCCAAACAUUUUUGGUUUGUUUUCAGUGCUGUGAAGGCCUUCUAGAAAUUAGUUAGGUGUCAUCCUUUGUCUAGUUUCCCAAGAUGUCUGCCACUGUGCUGCUAAGAUUUUAAUUAUGAUGGAGAGGGGAGCCCUUUUGGAUUAAUACCUGGUUCUUGCUGUACGUUUGGUCCCUGGAUAGAAAUUUGGAAUCUUAAUUGACUACAUGCACACAAACACACACACAACAUACACACUCAGACUUCCUGCUGCUUUUUUCCUUUUAGACUUCUUCUGCAUCACCAAAUCUCAUUAGCCGGCUGCAGGCCGGGCUCAUGCCAGCUACCCCCAGGGCCGUACCUAAGUAUGCCCCUUACCCUUCACCACUCAUGCCUACAAGGUCCCUUCUUCUUUAUAGUCAUCUCUGUCAGAAGACCAGCUAGCCUUGCAUCCUAUAGGGACAAUGUCAGCAGUGACAAGGGCAUCUGGCCCUAUGCCUCUAUGAAGGAAAGGAGUUUCAUAUGGGAGUUCCCUGUCUAGAGCCAUGAGUCUUUCUGGCAUGACCUCAUGGUCAAUUGGUAAAGGGCUGACAUAAGAUACUUGUCAUCAUGACAGACUGGUUAAAUCAGUCAUGAAAUCCUGAACCUCGUCCAUUAGAUGUUUACCCUCCACCUGGAGCAGAACUUACCCCAUGACCUUGUAAAACAUAACUGUCAAAUCUUCUGAGAACUCUUAAGUGGCAGGAGAAAGCUGCUAAUGGCUGAGGACCAACAGGACUUGAAGAAGUGCAAUGUAAGUUCUGGGGGCGGUGAACGCGAUUUUUAUUUGUCCUCUGAAGGGCCCAGACUCUUUUAUUUCCACACUUUGGCUUUUUAGUAGUCAUGUGUGUGAUUUUCAGUUGUCUCCUUUCUGUUUCUAGAAAGUUCUUUUUGGUCUUGAGCAGAAAGAGAAGAAUAUUUUCCUAGAUUUUGGCUUGAUCCAUGAAUUUUUCUCUGCUUUGCUUCACAGGCAAUUAGUUAUAGUCCCUCCCCUCACCUUCUAAGUCUGACAGGCUGCCCUCUGACUGGGAGGUCCAAGGACAAAGGAACAAGGCUUCCUUACUCUGUCUUUAUCCUAUGACGCUGCUUCCAAAUCUCAGGGCCUUGUCUGGAGAGAAGCUAUCAUUUUCUCACAGCCAUUUUCCUUCCAGAACUUUUCCUGAUCAUUCACUUAAAGAUAGUAGGCAACCACAGGAGAAGUGUACCUUUCAACGCCUAAGUAAUAUCUUUCUGAGAAAUAAGAACACCCUGAAAAUGAAGAGUUUGGAAGGUAUCAAAAGGGUUUCAUAGAAGCCCGUUGAUAUAUGCCCAUCAUUCCUAAAGGUCAAGAUAUGUAGCGAGAACCUAGUUCAGGCAUACAAAAUAACCCUGGUAGUCAGGUUUUUAGCCUCAUCAAAGUACAAUUAUAAAUGUUGCUAAGGAGGAUGAAAGCAUCUCAAUCCUGAGGGACCUAGAAAAAAAAAUGAAGUAUCAUUGUCUAAGAGUUAGAAACUAUUUAGCAAAGAGACCAGAAAAGGGCAAUCUGGUUUCGAGAAGACUCAUUUAAGCCCCAAGUUAGUAAAAAAUAAUAAUAAUAAAUAAAAUAAAAAUAAACAAAAAAA